AUGACUUUCCUUGCGGAGGCCCGCCCUCCGCCAGACCCAUCUGUAUCCGUGAAAGAUAUGACAAUCGCCGGGGUCAAGUGUCGGGUAUACACGCCCGGUUCGCCAACGGCUCCUCGCCCCGUCGGAAUAUACACCCAUGGAGGUGGAUUUGUUUGUGGUGAUCUUGACUCUGAAGAUGCGCUCUGCCGAGUGAUCUCCAAGGCCGUAGACUGCAUUCUUGUCAGCGUAGACUACCGGCUUGGCCCUGAGCACAAGCUCCCGACCAUGCUCCAGGAUACGCUAGCGGUAUGGGAGAACGCUUCCCAAUUCAGCGGCAAUCCGGCCGCGUUCUUCUCCAUUGGCGGAAGUGCCGGAGCGGGAUUGGCACUUGCUGUUGCGAACCACUAUGCUCAGCGAGCUGACGGUAGGAAUUAUAUCAAAGGAGUUGUUGCACUAGUACCGUUGGCGUUGCACUGGGAUAAUGUCCCUGCCGAGUACAAAAGCGACUAUACGUCGUAUGACGAAAACGCAGACAAUGUCCCGGUUAUCGACAAGUCUACAAUGGAAACAUUCUAUCAGGCUGUCGGGGCCGAUCCAAAUGAUUCUAACAUAUUCACUGCCUUGUCACCCCAUCUUCCAAACUUUCCACCCACGUACAUCUGUACCUGCGGAGCGGAUCCCCUCCGGGACGACGGGACUGUAAUGGAGAAGGCUCUCAGGAAGGCUGGUGUUCCAACGAAGCUGUCAACAUAUCCAAAUCUACCUCACUAUUUUUGGAUCUUCCCGGACCUGGAAGCUACUGGAGCGUUCGUCAAUGAUGUGAUUGCCGGGACUAACUGGAUCAUUUCGCAUUUUCCGACUUUAAAUUAG